GAAGGGGGAGCAAUUCACAUGCUAAUAGAGGCUUGUAUAAAAUGCUAGAGCGGGAAAGUGGUGAAGAGGCACAGCAAUAAGAGCUCAGGCAGUGUGAGGAUAGAGAGGCACAGUGCAGCUACUGCUGAACACCAACACAUUGCAAUGUCUGCAGAAUCCAAGGACCUCCUGAAACCAUCCAUGGCCAAACAGGAAAGGAAGCUCAGAAAGCCACUCAUAGAGCGUAAGAGAAGAGAGAGAAUCAAUUCCUGCCUGGAACAACUGAAGGAAACUGUAAUCCAGGCUUUCCAUCUUGAUCAGUCCAAGUUGGAGAAGGCAGACAUCCUGGAGAUGACAGUGAGACAUCUGGAAAACAUUCAGAGAAGCAGAAGUUUAGGUGAAGGCUCUCAGUGUGUGGAAUCCCAGCAGAGAUUCAGCACAGGAUACAUCCAAUGUAUGCAUGAGCUCCACAACCUGCUUCUGAACUGUGAUUGGAUGGACCAAGCUCUUGGUGCACGUCUUCUCAACCAUCUGCUGAAAUCCCUUCCUAGGGUCAAGAAUGCCAGCCCUGAGCUGCCCAUAAGCUGUGAGGAGAAUGCUGGGGGGACCCUGUCACCAGCUCUGAAGCCUGAUCCUGACCCUGAGCCACAUACUGAUGUCCUGAAAAAACACUGCCCCCUUGUGGGCUCCCUACAGAUGUGGAGGCCCUGGUAAUCCUACCACCUUAGCGACUCGGUCGUCAUAGUGCACACUUGGGUAACCCAUAGGCAGACUCGCUCUGCUCACCAUAUAUUUGCUGUCACUAUGUAUGUCCCCCAUCUUCUGCAGUUACACUGCGUGUAGGAGCAGAGAGUGACGCUGCUGUCAGUCCUAGCGUUUCUUUUGUACCGAUAUGUAUCUUAUAGAUAUGCUUUGUUUAACACAUUGGGGUUCACACCCCUUUAGGUGUACUAAAGACCCAGUGCUCCUGGCUGGAGCCCCAUGUUUGUAGCCUGCAUUGUAGAAGGCUUCUUCUCCCCCUAUUUAUUACAGAUCUCUUCAUGUAACAUUUCUAUUCAUUUAAAGUAAUUUACACUCUCUUAUUACAAAUAAAUAUAAUAUAUACAGUAAA